UUCCAUUUUCAAAGCGGGCCCAGUCAAGUCAGCCAUGGCAUGCAGAACGGUCGAAAAACAAAAGUACCGAAAACGAAAAUCGUCCAAAAAUGACGACGACAACGACUGCGCGAGCUUGGCGUGGCUCCUCAACUUUCGCCUGGACGAUUUCGUGAACAUCAAAGUGCCGGAGGACAGUCCUCCGGAGGUGCCAGACUGUAGUAAGAAGCCUCCGCUAACAUACCCCGAGCUCAUCGAAAGGGCGCUACGAGACAAAGGAGAGCUCACCGUGUCUGCUAUAUACCAGUGGAUAUCGGACCACUUCCCGUUCUACAAGGCGAACGAUGAGCGCUGGAAGAACUCUGUCCGUCACAACCUGUCCAUCAACCCUCACUUCCGGAAGGGCGCCAGGGCGUCCCAGGGCGCCGGGCACCUCUGGUCGUUAGCCGCUAACGCCAUAGACCUCCUGCCGUUAAGACAGCCUACCCACAAGACUGAUUAUGACCACGUUAUGGAUUGUCCUAAGGUGAUCGUGCUGGACGAGGCCGCGAUAGCAGCCGCUAGCAUCAUACCCGACCAGGACAUUUACACUGGUGGGACGUGCAUGUUCCUAAACCCGGUGUCGACGGAACAAGUGGUGAGGGAGAGCGGCCUCAUCACAGGACUCUAAGUGGCAAAUUAAGGGUUCUUUACAUUAUGCGAUCUGCAGGAACAGGUCCUUUUAUUUGCCAUCUAAAAUAUACUUUCUUUGUUACUGUCCAGGACAAAGUAAAGAAUUUGAUGUUGAUUGGUAAAAAAAAUAUCGGUAACAACUCGAAAAGUUUCUUUUUUUCCUGCAGAACGGAUAAGUGUAAAAACUGUAUAGAAUUAAGACUCCUAGUAGAAAAAGGCACGUCUUGUUUUGGUUUAUAAUUCUUAAAACAUUUAAAUAAUUUUAAAUCAAUAGGUAUAUUUCUUUAAA